GGCUUAUAUAACCUGCCAGAGACUACCCCAGGCUUAUAUAGCCUGCCAGGGACUACCCCAGGCUGAUAUAACCUGCCAGAGACUACCCCAGGCUUAUAUAACCUGCCAGGGACUACCCCAGGCCGAUAUAACCUGCCAGAGAAUACCCUAUGCUGAUAUAACCUGCCAGAGACUGCCCCAGGUUGAUAUAACCUGCCAGAGAUUACCUCAGGUUGAUAUAACCUGCCACAGACUACCCCAGGCACACAGACUACCAACUUGUUCAGAAAAAGUUUAUGUUCAAGCGAGUCUCAUGCAAGAUGCUACCUCCACUGAGCAGAGACACAAACUGACGCCAUUCUGGAUACUGUGACGUCACAUCUCAAGACAGGUAACUAAAUAGAAGUUCACAAUGUCAAGCAGAGAUAAAAAAUUCUCCUCUGAGGAAUGUGGCAAACAGUUUUGCUUAAAGUCUACUCUUCAGACACAGUUACUUGUACACAAUGAUGUGAAGGAGUUUAAAUGUGAGGAAUGUGGGAAACAUUUUUCUCAGAACAGUCAUCUCAAGAGACACAUUCUAGGACACAGUGGUAUAAAGGAGUUUGAAUGUGAGGAAUGUGGGACACAUUUUUCUCAGAGCAGUCAUCUCAAGAGACACAUUCUAGGGCACAGUGGUGUAAAGGAGUUUGAAUGUGAGGGAUGUGGGAAACAUUUUUCUCGGAAGAGUCAUCUCAAGACACACAUUCUUGGACACCGUGGUGUAAAGGAGUUUGAAUGUGAGGAAUGUGGGAAACAUUUUUCUAAGAAGGGUACUCUCAAAAGACACAUUCUUGGACACAGUGGUAUAAAGGAGUUUGAAUGUGAGGAAUGUGGACAAUGUUUCUCCCGGAAGAGCACUCUCCAGACACACAUUCUUGAACACAGUGGUAUAAAAAAGUUUGAAUGUGAGGAAUGUGGGAAACAUUUUGCUCUAAAGGGUAAUCUCAAGACUCACAUUCUUGUGCACAGUGGUAUAAAGGAGUUUGAAUGUGAGGAAUGUGGGAAACAUUUUGCACAAAAGGGUACUCUCAAAUCACACAUUCUUGUACACAGUGGUGUAAAAAAGUUUGAAUGUGAGGAAUGUGGAAAAUGUUUCUCCCAGAAGAGUAAUCUCAAACAUCAUAAACUUGUGCAUGAAAAAAACAGAAUUCAGUAAAUGUUUGAAUGACUAACAGAAGAUAAAUGUGACAUAAACUUGAAUACAGUGAUAUACUGUAUAUCAAUAUAAAACUACUUAAACGGACUCUAUGAAUGUAGCAGAAAUAAAGACAAGUGACAAAUGGCACUUUUAUAGAUAUUAAACUCAAGUUAUAAUUAUCUGCUCUGAAGAUGUAAAUUUUUUCUACCGUGGCCGUAUUGUAGUAGACAUUUGGUGUUGGUUAAAUAUCACUCAUAAAAAUAC